AAUAAAAUACAUUGUUUUUAAAUGUAAUGCACUAGCUGUUCAGUCCCCAGAAAAAUUUUCCGCAAUAAUUUUUCGAACAGACUUCCCGCCAUCACCUAAGACUAUUUGCAGCAUCAUAAUCGUCACCCUCAUGCAGAUGGGCGUUACGCGGUUUUGCAAGAUGGAGUCCAGUGAAUGAGCUGAACAGAAAUUUUGUGAAAUAUGGUGCGAACACGACAUCACCCUGGAGAGUACAAGGAUAAUGGCGACUCUCCGGUUGACUUUUUGUGUUUGGAAAGCAAAGCCGGUCGAAGAACACAAAAAACAUCGAGAGAUGACUACAACAGUGAUGACAGUGGAGUAGUUCACAACUCUCGCAGCGCUGGAAGAGGGAAGCAGACAUCGGAGCAUGUUCAGAGGUCCUUCCAGUCCAGGCUCCGGCCAAAGAUACGAUCGAGUGGGGCAUACUUCAUUGGAGAAGGAAUGUCAAGUGAUGAAGAAGAAUUUCCCUGUGUCUCUACAGAUUCCCCAUCCCGAGGUCGGCGAGUUGGGCGCCCCAGUAAGCCAAGGAGGAAACGAAAUUCUAGUGGUGGUCGUAGAGACAGCAAAGCAAGCACAGACAACUCUCCUAUCACAAUAGAGGGACAUGAUGGUGAUGAGGAUGAACCUGGGUAUGAUCAUGACGAUGAUGGUGGGCGGCGACGCAGCACACGGCAGAAGAAGAAUACAUUUGAUACAUUGAACCAGAAUUUCUUGGAUAAGGCCGUUGUAAGUGCGAAAGAUAAUGACAAUGAGGAUGGGAGAGGGAAGAAGAGGAGGAAAGCAAACUUUAUGAAACCAACUGAAAAGGAAGAGUUUUCUGACAUGUACAGCCGAGUCAAAAGGCAGCGGAAGCAGGUGGAGCGGGAUAUGUAUGGCGUCCCAAUACAGGGCUCGGACUCCGAGUCUGGAGACUCCAAUGAUGAACAGGAAGGAGAUGGAACACCCGUGCAGCCACAGAAGAGAUCAUACUUCCUCCGGGAACACAAGCCUCGUACACAACUGUUUGAGGCACCGCCUAUAGAGAGUCAAAAAAAGAAACAACAGUCAUUGUUCCGAGAAACACCGCCAAGGUCAAUACGAAGACUUGAGAGUCACCAAACAUAUCAAUCUCCAGCACACAGGAAGAAAAUUGUCAGAAAACGACAAGCAUUCCAUGUUUCUAGUUCGACUUCUUCAUCAGAAAGCAUAUCCAGUGAUGAGGAGAGAUUUCAGAGACGUAAAGCCAAGAGCAUGGCCCGCUCAAGGAACAGGUGUCUGCCUAUGAACUUGAAUCAAGAAGAUCUACAAUCUGGGGUUGUCAAGGAGAGGUCAAAGAUUGGAGCAAGUUUAGCAGACGUAGACCCAAUGAAUAUAGAUAGAUCAGUAACCUUUGAAAGCAUAGGGGGCUUGGGCAAGCAUAUACGAGCCCUAAAAGAAAUGAUUGUGUUUCCUAUCAUGUAUCCCGAGAUAUUUGAAAGGUUCAAGAUUGCCCCACCAAGAGGAGUACUUUUUCAUGGGCCUCCAGGAACGGGAAAAACCUUGAUCGCAAGAGCUCUGGCUAACGAAUGUAGCUCCUCCGACAGAAGAGUGGCUUUCUUCAUGAGAAAAGGUGCUGACUGCCUCAGUAAAUGGGUUGGAGAAUCAGAAAGACAGCUCCGUCUGCUGUUUGAUCAGGCAUACCAGAUGCGUCCUUCCAUAAUUUUCUUUGAUGAGAUUGAUGGUCUUGCCCCUGUACGCUCAAGUCGCCAGGACCAGAUUCACAGCUCAAUUGUUUCCACUCUGCUUGCUCUCAUGGACGGCCUUGAUAGCAGAGGAGAAAUAGUUGUCAUUGGCGCCACCAACAGGAUCGACUCGAUCGACCCAGCGCUGAGGAGACCUGGCAGAUUUGACAGGGAGUUCCUCUUCCCAUUGCCUUCACAUUCGGCAAGGAAGCAGAUACUGAAAAUUCACACCAAGGCAUGGAGUCCCAAGUUGGCUGACGGCUUUGUCACAGAACUAGCCCAGAGAUGUGUUGGUUACUGUGGUGCUGACUUGAAGGCGCUGUGUACUGAGGCUGCCCUACAUGCUUCACGGCGGCGUUACCCACAGAUUUACACCAGCAAUGAGAAGCUGCAACUCAACGUCUCUUCCAUACAUAUCUCGGCCAAGGACUUCUUCAAAGGCAUGCAGGCUAUAGUCCCAACUGCACAACGAUCUGUCUCAUCACCGUCCCGAUCUUUGACCUUUGCUGUGGAGCCGCUGUUAAAACGCCAGUUCCAGAAAUCGCUUAGCUUACUACAGGAUGUGUUUCCAAGCGUUCUUUCUACUCUUGCUUCUUUAGACAUCCCUGCUACCAAUUCUCAGGCGGAGAACCAAAAAGGGGAGGUAACCCUGGAUGAGUUGGCCAGUGAUGAUGAUGAGGAGAUGCCAUCAAUCUACGAGAAAUGUCGUAAUCGAAAGCGGUCGAGUCUGGAACCUCCCAUCCCUGAUCAUGCUCCAGCCUAUCUCAACUUUGGCAGACAAUCGUACCAGGUUCCAACAACGUAUCGGCCACGACUGUUACUGUGUGGGAGUCGUGGGCAGGGCCAGACGUCUCAUCUGGGACCAGCUAUUCUCCAUCAUCUGGAACAGUUGCCGGUGCAAGUGCUUGACCUUCCUACAGUGUAUGCAGCCUCUGCCAAGACGCCAGAGGAGUCAUGUGCUCAGGUGUUCCGCGAAGCACGCCGGUGUUCGCCCAGCAUUGUGUACAUGCCGUACGUUGACCAGUGGUGGGAGGUGCUCAGCGAGACACUGCGAGCCACAUUCCUCACCAUGAUCCAGGACCUGGACCCGACCACACCCAUCCUCAUCCUGGCCACCAGUGAGGUCCCUUACCCACAGAUAGACUGCCUGCUACAGCUUUUGUUUGACUCUCAUGCUGGGGAGGUCCUGGAGAUGCGAGACCCCCAGGCUGAUGAACGAAGAGAAUACUUCCAGGAUCUUCUGCUCAAUCAAGCCAUCAAACCUCCACCUCUCAAGAAGCAGGCAGGGAAUGAGAAUCUGCGAAAGUUACAACUUAAGCUCAGAGCAAAGUCACCAUUGUUGAAACCCUCUGAGGUGGAGGACGCACUGCGAAUGUUGGAGGUCCUACCCAAGGCACCUCCUCCGGUCCCGGCCAAACUGACAGAGGCUGAGUCCAAGAAACUCAAGCAGCAAGAGGAGGCCACGUUUCGGGAGCUGCGCAUCUUCCUCCGCGACGUCCUCAACAAACUGGGCAGAGACAGAAAGUUCUCCAUAUUCACCAAGCCAGUGGAUGUGGAGGAUGUGCCGGACUACUAUGAAAUCAUUCAGAGUCCAAUGGACCUGUCGACCAUGAUGUCAAAGAUUGAUCUACAUGCAUACCAGACAGUCGCUGAUUUCCUGGGUGACAUCAAUCAGAUCAGUCUCAACGCUCUGGAGUACAACCCGGACAGAGACCCUUCAGAUAAAGCAAUUCGUCACAGAGCGUGUGCCUUGAGAGACACAGCCCAGGCAAUAAUUGAAGCUGAACUUGAUCCAGAGUUUGAAAAACUCUGUCACAGUAUAGCUCAGAGUCAAAAGAGGAGAGGUGUAGUGAAAGAGCCUGUCACACCAGCUUUCUACUUUACCAGACCUUUGCACAAGCAGGGUGAACAACAGCAACAUCAGCAGCAUCCAUCCAACUCAACCCCCCAUGACCCAGCAGCUCCUGGUGUGCGACACAGUCGUAGGGUGAAGGGUUUGGUAGCUGAAGAUCUUCCUGCCCUAGAAUUAGUUGAAAAACAGUGGCAGGUAGACAAACGUGUCAGUAGGACUUCACAGAAGGAAUCUCCAUCCCACUCAUCUCCCAAAUACAAAAAGAACAGUCCCAGUUCAAGGCAGCAUCAAGAUACACACAAUAGUGCAGCACCUAACUCACCUACAAAGACUCCAUCUUCAGGGAAAAAAGCGAAGCCUAAAAAGAAGUGUAUUUGGGCAGUAACCAAGCGACGGAAAAAGCGAGGUGCUGCAGCGAAGAAACAGAAGACUUCGGAUGUGACAAAUGAUGCUACAAGUCUGUAUGUGGACAUUGAGGAAGAGGUCAGUGAUGAUUCGGACAGUGAGAUUAUCAUUGCUGAGAGCCCUUGUAGGAGAGAAAUUGACUCUGGGUCUAAACACUCACCGUGCCAACCAUCCUCCUCAGGGAAAGAUACACCUGCAUCUAAUUUUAUGUCAUGCAAAAAAUCACCUACCUCAAGAUGUCUGGAACUGAUGCCUGGUCAUGACAGUGGAGUUGGCAGCUCUGUUGACUCAAAUGGAGACUCGGUAGACAGUAUUGAUCAUGCUAAGGAAAAAGACCGAAAGCUGUUAGAACAUUCCUCUGGGGCAACAGACAUGGUCGGAAAUGAAGAAGAAUCUCAGGAUCUAGAAUCACAGAAGAAGUUCCGCUCAACAAAAUCGCGCCUUCAGACACAGCAGCAACAACGAGCACUGGAGCUCCUGGAGGAAAGUUUACCACCGCUUGUCUUUGAUCUUCCUCGCCUACAACGAUUACUGGACAAAGUAGUGAUUGUUACAGACAAUUACUGUCUAGAACGACUGGAAAAGCUGUACAGUGUCUUCAGUCAGUGCAUUUACAGACACAGGAAAGAUUAUGACAAGACAGAGCUAUCUGAGGAACUUGAGACCAAGUUGGACCACCACUCCAAGCAAUGGCCCUCAAGUGUGUAAACAUCAGAGCAGGAUCCUGUGUGGGUGUGUGGGCGUGUGUGUGUGUAGGCGUGUGUGUGUGUGUGUGUGGGCGGGCGUGUGUGUGUGGGUGGGUGGUUGGGCAUGUGUGUGGGUGUGUUUGUGCGUGGGUGUGUUUGUGCGUGUGUGUAUGUGUUUGUAUGUAUGGAGACAUAAUGUGUGAAUGAGAAUACAAGUGUGAGAGAGUUGUAUGUUUGUUUUGUGCUCAAAUAUGCAAGUGCCUCAAACCCAGGUAAAAAUCAGGUCAACUUUACAAAGUCGAGAAUACUUUCAGGAGAGGUUUUUACACAUUUCAAUUCCAUACUGACUUUAUAUGAAUGCAGCUCAACCGUGCCAAUACCACCGACCAUUUGAAGUAUAUAUACCUCAUAUCAGGUCAAGGACAUAAUAAGUGCAGCAUAAUCAUCAUUCAUCUGCACCAUGUGGACCAUCCUCCCUCGGCUGCACGGCCUCGUCUCCAGUAACAUCAUGGAGAGUCUUACUACCUGUUUGUAUCAUAGCAUCAUAUUUAUUAGGUCAUAUUUAUUGUGUACAGUGUAAGUAGGCUAUUAUGUGUGUGAUAGACUCUCUAGGGCAAUUGAUUGUUGGCAUAGAUGUUUCAAUCUGAAUAUUGCAAUCAUGUUUUUAUUAGACUCUUCUAAAAUGUCGCGAAAAAAUACUGUACUUGAAUCAUGUAUUGUUAAAUGUAUGAUGUUUUAGUAAUGAACAUGUAUGUAUCUAGUAUUGUAAUGAAACAUGCUGAUUUCAUGGGAAAACAAUCUGAUUGAAUAUGAAAAUUUUGUUUUCAAGCCUACAUUUGGAACAGACCCCUGUCAGUAUUAAAUUUGUGCUGAUUUACUGUUAAGAGUUAUUGUUUAAGGAGCUUCAGAAGAAGUAAGAUUGUGAAAUGUUACUAAUAAUGAUGUACAUGCACUUUAAAUUAUUUAGAUCUAGCUUAGUUGAGAGCUACCAUGCUGCCCUGUGAGUUAACUAUGCUGUCACCAUGGGCACCGGGGGGUUGGACAGUGCUAGGAUUAACUUUGUGGCUGUGUUCAGCAGUUGUCUGUCUGUCUGUCUGUCUGUGUGCUGAACAGGCUCUUCUCCAUGUCUUCAGAAAACUUGUUGACUGAACCCCAAACUGCUGUGUACAGGAAAUUUUACUUUAAUAUUUCUCAGGCUUAAAAGGUAAAUUUAUAUUUAUUUUGGCUGUUUUCAUAAUUUAUUGUAGACAUCGUAUAAUGAUUAUCUUAUACUGAAUAUUGUGAUCUCAUCUCUGUUCCCGUGUUCGUCUUCGUCUCUAAUAAACUUGAUUGCACAUGUGUAUUACUUCAUGAAAGAAGUGGUUUCAGUUGUUGAUAAUGUGUAAAAGUUUGAAAAUGUGUAACAUUGUCACCAAAAAUCACAUUUAGGGGGAAAACUUUUUUAUGAAUCUUUGAAGAUUGGGAGUUUAGAUUAAUGGUAUUUUUUAAUCAAAAUCAAGAUUAAUUGCAGUUGAUGAAUAUGCCAAAGCAUAUUGUUUGUAUUUUUGGUAUGUUGAUUUCUUAUGGUCACUAUGAAGAAUGAAGUUCCAUUGCUUUGUCAGUAAAAUGCUCAGAUAGGCACAAUGGUAAAUAUAUAUACAUAUAUGUAGGUUAUUAAGACAAUCACUCCCCUUAUUUUUGAAUGUCUAUUUUUGAACUGUGGAAUGUUUUUUGAUGUAUAUAUUGAUAUAUUUAACAUAUUGAUCAAACUAUCUUGUACUGGCCUGAAAUUCGUUCUGCAUUACUUUGAUAUGAGAGUUAGCAGUUUUCUGCAUUUCUGUGUGUGACAUGAUGAUAGGUGAAAUGUUUAUGAAAGGUUUGUUUCAUUAUCACUUUAGGUAAUUCAAUAAAACUUGCUGAUUUGUGCAUUUGUGAUUCAGAAAGUUCCAUUCCGUAGUUUUGAGAAGGUAACAUGAAAUAGUUGGUCACCCUCACUUUUGGAACCUUUUCUGGUAAAUAUAACUUGCAAAUAUGAUAACAUCAAUGGAUUUAGGAAUAUAAUGUCAACAAGUGUACAGCCAGUGUUAAUGCAUGCUACUGCAAAGAUGUUAAGGAACAUCGAAUUCUUCCUAUUUCUAUAGUUACUAUAUCUAAUGCAAUGACAGUUUGACUAUAUUGAUGUGAAAGAAUCGGGUGUUGUUUAAUUUCUUUGUAGUAGUGUACAUUAACUUGUUUUGAGUAGUAUAGCUGGCUUUUCCUUCCUAAUCUGUCUGCACAUUGAUGUGGGGUGUAAGAACAACGGAUGGUUGAACCCAGGACAGUCAACAUGGUCCAUCACACUUGCUGUCUUAUGUUCUGAAGUGACUUAAUCUCAGGAUUUUCAGAUGGCAGGAAAAUGAUCCAACAUUCCAUCUUCAUGUAUGACAGUUCACUGUAGUGAGUCCGCCCCACUUCACAUGUACAUAACCGAUGCUUGAGAAAAUGAUGAAACAUCACAACAUGCUCAUGUCCGACAAUCACACCACUGAAUGUGUUCAUCAACAUAGGUGAGGAGUUGUAUCUUCAACACAUUUGCAAGGGAAGAAAGUGGCCUCUAGAAGCUUAUACUGGGUAUUGCCCCUGUUGAGGGUAAUUGCAAAGUCUAGUCCAUAUCUGUUUCAACAUCAUUCUCAAGUAACUUUUUUUCAUUUUUAGAUGGUAAUUCUCCUCACAAUGCAAAUUCCAUUAAUAUCAACUACUUGUUCAAACACUGCCAGACUUACCCAUUGAUAUUUCAUAACUGAAUACAUGCACUAAAGUGAAAAACAUGUAUGUGUCUGUAUGAUGUUGUGUAAUGAUGAUCACCACUUAGUUAGUGGUCAGGAACCUUGUAGAUGACUUACAGACACUGACCAUCAUGUGAUAUGAAAUUCUUUCUGACAUUUACCUAUACUUCACUUUACAAAGUGUUUAGUAUGUAAAUUAAUGUAGCCUUUGAAGUUCUGGUUACUUAGUUAAAGCGUUAAAUCAAAUGUAUGUGUUUCGACAGGUUUUAUUCUUUUUACUUACACUCUUGUGACUUAUGAUUUGUAGAGAUGACUUUUUGGCCUUUUCUACUUUUGUAUGUACAUUGUCAGUACUGAGAAAUGAAUUGGAAGAAAAAUGUAACAAUUAAAAAUAGCACUAGAAUGAGUUUCUGUUGUAAUCCUUGAAUUGUCCUACCUGAUGUUAUUUUGUGUAAUGUUGGUUUGUGAAUAAUGCAAUGUUAGUGUAGGAUGUUUGUGUAUUACAUUGGUGUGAGACGCAAUGCUAACGUCAGGUGACUCAAAGUGUAGGUUGUUGCUACCAUUUAUUCCAGUUGCAGCAGGAGGCUAUCAGAUUGCCGUGCAUGAUACUUACAUAGACAAGGAUCUACUCGCUUGGUUUCCAAGGUGUUCUUGCGUCAACAUGUUGAAAAUGUGGAUGAGGAAAUAUUGGAUCAUGACUGCCAAUUUGUGUUAUAUUGUGAGCGGACAUUUGCUACAAGUGAAGUGAGCUGGAUGUCACUAAUGUUGGUGUAAAUGUGACCACACUGAACUUUUCAAUACUGCAAUCAGGGUCUUGCACUGGGCAGCCUGCAGUAACCAAAUGGCUCCUACUUUUCUCAGGCAAUAACAGUGUUACAUCUGUUGAUGUACAGCUACGUGGCAAACUUACAUGUGAUAUUUGUCAUUGGACUCAUCAUAUUCAUGUCAACACCAGAGCUUGUAGGAUGAAACCAACUGCCAGUCAGUAGCAUCAUCAUCUCACGGCUGUUUGUCUUCCACACCAUGCACACAUCACGAUGUAUAGGGCAAAUACUCAUGGACAAAACUACUCCUCUCAUACACUCCAUGUCAUCAUUGAAAAGAAAGCCGAUGGGCAGAAGACAGAAAGUCUAUGUUGCCCUAUUUCCUCAUGACCCUUUAUCCACUGCAAGUCACAGCCAUGGUUAACAACGUACGAUUGCUGACUCUUGUUGACCUUUCAGUGAAAACACUUGCAUACUAUGCAAAUGUUUUCAUUUAUUUUAGAGUAAGAACAUUUUCAGAUGUUCAAUAUAUUUAUUGUUGCAUUUUGUACAUACUUGUAUUUGUAUAUUAAACUAUUUUACCAACCA